UAAACAACAAUCUCAUCUUGCCUCCUAAGUCCUACCUCAAUCACAAAUUCACAACAACAGUGUUACUUCGUCACUACUUCACCAUCAAAUCAAAGCCCACGGAUCCUGCCUGCUAAAUCCAUAGCUCGCCUCACUCUCCACCACCGCCACCCUCGCCGUGGCCAUCGCGGUCCCGUGACAAACCCAAUGCUACUCAUUACCAAAUUUCACAGAUCAAGUGAAUAGAUCCUCCAUCCCAGACAACACCAUGAAAGCGUCGGCGGGUUUGGAUCUCUUCAAGACCCCUCUCGUCCUCAAGAUCGCUGGCUUCACUUUAAUUACCCUCACUUUUUUCUACCUGGGCAAGCACUGGAGCUCCAAUGGCGACCAGCAGGUGCUCUUCUUCUCGUCUUCACCAGGAACCUCAGUCGGAGUCUCCCCCAACUACGGCAAGUCGUUUAAUGUCACUGCUUUGAUCGCCCAGAAUCAGACCGACACCGUAUCCGAGCCUGAACCCACUCAGGUGCCCGUGCCUCCGGCUUCCACGUCGCCGGCGAGUGAUUCAGCGGCUGUGGAGCAGCCUCCUCCGCCUCCGGCGAAGGAAUUGGAUCGGACGUUUGGCAUUAUUGAUGGGGAUGGGAAGAUGAGCGAUGAUUUUGAAGUCGGGGAGGUUGAUCCGGAGGUUGUGGAGAAUUGGGGGAAUGAGACUGAGAUCGACAGUGGAGCUGGUGAGGGUUCUAGGGCCAAGGUUAAGAGAUUCGAGCUAUGCCCUGAGAGCAUGAGAGAGUACAUUCCAUGUUUGGAUAAUGUAGAGGCAAUCAAGAAGUUGAAAUCGACGGAGAAAGGGGAGAGAUUUGAGCGGCAUUGUCCUGAGAAGGAGAAAGAAUUGAACUGCUUGGUUCCGCCGCCCAAAGGGUAUCGCCAACCACUUCCGUGGCCCCGGAGUCGUGAUGAGGUCUGGUUUUCCAAUGUACCCCACACACGUUUGGUUGAUGAUAAAGGAGGUCAGAACUGGAUUACCAAAGCCAAGGACAAGUUCAGGUUCCCUGGUGGUGGAACGCAGUUCAUUCAUGGCGCAGAUCAGUACUUGGAUCAAAUUUCAAAAAUGGUCCCAGAUAUUGCUUUUGGUAAUUACACACGAGUUGUUUUGGAUGUCGGAUGCGGUGUAGCAAGUUUUGGUGCAUAUCUACUGUCAAGGGAUGUUGUACCUUUGUCGAUAGCUCCCAAGGAUGUUCACGAGAACCAGAUCCAAUUUGCUCUUGAGCGUGGCGUCCCUGCUAUGGUAGCUGCUUUUGCAACCCAUCGUUUGCUGUAUCCAAGUCAGGCCUUCGAAAUCAUCCAUUGUUCAAGAUGUAGAAUCAAUUGGACUCGUGAUGAUGGAAUUUUGCUACUUGAGGUCAACAGGAUGAUGCGAGCUGGAGGAUACUUUGCUUGGGCUGCGCAGCCUGUUUACAAGCAUGAGCAAGCGCUAGAGGAACAGUGGGAAGGUAUCACCUCAGAGAUGCUUAACCUUACAACUCGACUUUGCUGGGAGCUUGUAAAGAAAGAGGGAUAUAUUGCAAUAUGGCAGAAACCCAAGAAUAAUAACUGCUAUUUAAGCCGAGAUGAGGGAGUUAGUCCUCCAUUGUGUGAUCAAGAUGAUGAUCCUGAUAAAGUUUGGUAUGCUGAUUUGAAGCCAUGCAUUACUCGCAUUCCUGAGAAUGGAUAUGGAGCAAAUGUGACUGCAUGGCCUGCACGUUUACAUACGCCUCCUGAUAGGCUUCAGAGUAUACAAAUGGAUGCUUACAUUUCCAGGAAAGAGCUUUUCAAGGCGGAAUCAAAAUAUUGGUCUGAAAUUAUAUCUGGCUAUGUCCGUGCUUGGCAUUGGAAGCAGCUUAAACUCAGAAAUGUCUUAGACAUGAAGGCCGGUUUUGGAGGAUUUGCUGCAGCACUAAUUGAUCAUGGAUUCAAUAGCUGGGUUAUGAAUGUGGUUCCUGUUAGUGGGCCAAACACCCUGCCUGUCAUAUAUGAUCGUGGACUGCUAGGUGUUAUGCACGAUUGGUGUGAGCCUUUUGACACCUACCCGAGAACUUAUGAUUUACUGCAUGCUUCUGGGCUUUUUUCUGUUGAAAGGAAAAGAUGUAACAUGUCUACAAUCAUGCUCGAGAUGGAUCGGAUACUUAGACCUGGUGGUCGAGCAUAUAUCCGAGACACCCUUGAUGUCAUGGAAGAACUUCAGGAGAUUGCGAAUGCUAUGGGUUGGCAUUCAGCAUUACAUGACACAUCUGAGGGACCACAUGCAAGUUAUAGGAUCCUGGUCUGUGAUAAACGCCUUCUGCGUUCUUAAAACAAACGAACUCAGGGUCUCUCCAGGUUAACUGAUGAGAUAAAGCUGAGACUACAAGUCAAUGGAAUUACGUCUUGCUAGCACACAGAGGCUAGUGAACGACAUGGCAACAGAUUGUUGGUGGUCCAGAUUAUCCUGAAGUUUACAGAUUUCCCUGUGAUGGUUGCAGAAGCUGAUGCGUUUAAAACAUCUGAACAGCUGAGACAUCCUGCAGCAUAAACAGGGACAGCCUUGUAACAUUGUAGACUUUAACGCCAGCUACACGUCAAGCUCGUGGUGAAGUGUAGGACUACGUUUGUUUGAUCAAUUUUGUCAAAUUGGGGGCAAAUUAAACUAAAGUUCUUGUAUAUUUGCAGUUAAUUACCUGUUGGAACUUGGAGCGAUUCAUUCUUUUAUUCACUCUUGUUGUAUUUGUUUUGUUCCCAGCUUGUUUCUCCCUGUUUUACCAACCAUAUUGAAACCUUACCUAUGAAGCAUAUCAUUGGAUUUCUGGUGCUGUAUUGCUGUUCCCAAUAUAGCUAUAAUAUCUAG